UCUGUCGGCAACGGAUGGCUCACUCUCUUAUUGCCCAUCCUGUUCGGUCACAUCGGUGAGAAGACUCUCUACAUAUUCGCCGCCUGCAACGUCAUCAGCAUCCCCAUGGUGUGGGCGCUGUAUCCCGAGACGAACCAGCGAACGCUUGAAGAGAUCGAUCUCCUCUUCUCCUCGGAUAAGAUCUGGAACUGGGAGGCCGCGAAGACUUUCGCUAGAUUG